AUGAAUAAAGUCGAACGUUUGGCGUGGCAUGCUAUGAACAUGACUGAAAGUGAUGAAAUAAAAGCGGAAGCUUGCUACAUCCUUGCUAGAUAUUUCCACUUCAACAGGGACUACGAGAAGGCUUUCAAGUAUUACUAUCAAGCGACGACGUUGAACCAUCCUACCUUCGUUUUGCCACAAUAUGGUCUUGGACAGCUGUAUAUUAUGCGGGGAGAGUACAAUCAAGAACGACAGGACAAAGCAAGAGAAAUGUUAUCAAAAGUUUUAGAGGCUACACCAAAUGAUGUUGAAGUCUUAAUAGAUCUUGCUCAGCUCUUGGAAGGAGUUGAUCCUCACAGAUCGUUAACUCUUUAUGAGAGUGCUUGCGAUUUGAUAAAAACGAGUGAAGACGGCUAUCUACGUCUUGGUUGCCUCGCACGCGAUCGAGGGCAGAUCUAUGAGUCGUCUGUUUGGUUCAAGGAAGCAAUGUCUGUCGAUCAAAAUAACGCUGAUUCUUGGGUACUCAUUGGAAAUCUGCAUAUGUCCAAACAUGAGUAA